AUGCCUCAACACCUCGGGCCUCUUGGAAUCUUGACAAGGCAGUCGAGCUCAAUUACUCACAAUGAGAAUGCCCAUCUAGCCACCAUCAAGUUGACUCCAUUUCAUCAACCAACAUGCAACCACCCACUUCAGGCAAGCCUGUUAGAAGAUCUCAAGAUCAGCAAGGCCGACUUGUUUUUGCCGGGUGCUGAGACUUCUCCGAUUGUGUCAAUCGAAGCUCAAGUCGUGGACGCUGUGAGGGUCAUCAUAACCCGCUUGCCAAAAUCAUUGGUACAUUCACCUCCCCCAACACCACCUCAACCCAUUUAUUUCAGUGGUCACGGCUUAACGGUUUCUGCCUGGGAAAGUCUUGUUAAGCUCCACUCAAUUCAACACGUCAAGUGCACCCAAAGAGGAAUGGACGAUCAACCUAAACUAGGAUCGCUCGCAAGCUUCUUGACUUCGGGCACAGUCGGAGUGAUGCUGGGUCCAGAAAAGGAGAAGGCAGUCUCACCUACCGCCAUAGCGAUGUUACUUAAUCAUUGCCACACUUGGUACAUGGAUAAUCCUGCUAUCCCAAACUGGUCGCUUUGGACAAAUGCCGAUAAUCUGAUCUGCACUCGGCUUCAAUUGGCUCUUGACUCGCCCAACUUAGUGACAGUGAAACAAGAAGAGCUGGCCAUGUCUCUUGCCAAAGACUUUGUGUAUUCUUGGGUGAAAAAAAACAAUUAUGAAUUGCCCUGGAUUUUGCAAAGAGGCAAAAAAGUGCCCUACGUACCCCUCGAGCAUGAUUACCACCCACUUCUAGAGCAGUCCAUACCAUUGUAA